GUGUUUGCCAUUUUCAGUUAUUGUCUUGGCUUUGUUUUUGGGCACACAAUCCUAAAUUCUGAAAGCAAAGCUUUUUAUUACAAAAAGAUUCAUCAUGGCAGUCAUGAGAGCUCUUGUGCUUCUUUUCUUGGUCUUUUCUGUUGAGAGUGCACCAGCUGAAGAAGACUGCCCGUAUGGAUGGACACCUUUUGGUGUGAAAUGCUACAAAUUCUUCUCUCAGUCAGUUAACUGGGUCACAGCUGAGAAAAACUGUCAAUCCGUUGACGCAAAUCUUGCAUCUGUGCGCAGUACAGUUGAACACAACUUUCUCGUCAGUCUUGUGUCUGCUACCACAUCUGCUUGGGUUGGUGGCCAUGAUGGUGAAAUUGAUGGGCAAUGGUUGUGGUCUGAUGGAUCUCAGUUUGACUUUACCGGCUGGUGCUCUGGCGAACCUAACAAUUAUCAGGGUAACCCUGAGAACUGCCUACUGAUAAACUUUAGCAAUAACCAUUGCUGGAAUGAUGGGCAGUGUUCGUCCGCAAUGAGCUACAUUUGUGCCAAACCUCUGAGAUUGUUUUAUUGUAAAACAGGUUGAUUUUUCACAAUCUAAAACAAUUUCACGUCUGGACUAUGUUUGCAUAAAUGUUAUGGCACUAAUAUCUGAUCAUACUUGUUAGAUGGUUAGUUUCAGUUUAAACUUGCUUGCUGUCAUGCUUUCACUAGGGGUUUUCUACAAAGUCACUUAAAGAUAAAAAUUCAAAUUAAAUGCAAUUUAAAACAAGAGCUGGAUCUAAAAAUGUCAUUAAGGACAAAAAUGCUAAAACUAAUUUUGAUUAUGUGCAUUUAUGUCAUGAAAGGCACAAGAAGUUUGACAUCAUGAGUCAAGUCUUUCUGCUUUACAAGUACACUUAUUGUAUACUUAGUGUUGCU